AUGGCCGACGAGCUGGACGGCGCGGCAGCGCGCCCUGCCGUGGAGCCUGGCGUGCGUGCGCCGGCGCCGAAAGUGACGCCCGCGCCUGCCCACCUGCGCUCGCCGUCCCGGCCUAUUCCGCCGACGCCGCGCGCGCCGCGUGGUCUCGCGACGCCGGCGCGCGCGGGCCUGUUUCCCGCGACACCCGCCCGCACGGCCGCCCGCGCGCAUGCGACGCCCCGCACGGUGAUGCGUACGCCCGCAUCCGUCAUGCCGCGGCCACCUCCGCCGCCGGUGCGGCGCCUCGUCAUCCACAAGCUCGUGCUCCAGGAUUUCAAGUCGUAUGCAGGGCGCCAGGAGAUUGGCCCCUUUCACAAGUCGUUUUCGAGCAUCGUGGGCCCGAACGGCAGCGGGAAGAGCAAUGUGAUCGAUGCGCUGCUCUUUGUGUUUGGAUGGCGCGCCAACAAGAUGCGCCAGGGCAAGCUGGGCGAGCUCAUCCACCACCGCGAGGGAUGCACGCCGCCCGCGCAGUGCACGGUCGAGGUGUGGUUCCGUGAGAUUAUCGACUACCCUGACUCGGACGACUUUGACGUCGUGCCUGGCAGCCGCCUCAUCCUCUCGCGCUCGGCGCUGCGGAACAACACGUCGCACUACACACUGAACGGGACGAAAUCGUCCUUUACGGAAAUCACCUCGCUCCUGCGCGAGCGUGGCAUUGACCUGGAUCAUAAGCGCUUCCUCAUUCUCCAAGGUGAGGUUGAGAGCAUCGCGCAGAUGCCGCCCAAGGCCAAGAGCGAGCACGAGGAUGGGCUGCUCGAGUACCUCGAGGACAUGAUCGGCACCUCGUCGUACAAGCAGCCGAUUGAAGAGCAUGCCCAGGCCCUUGAUGCUGCGAAUGAGACGCGCGCCGAAAAGAUGCAUCGGCUCAAGAUUGUGCAGCGCGAGCGCGACGCGCUCGAGCCGCGCCGCCAGGCGGCCGAGCAGUGCCUGCGCGACCAAAAUGCGCUCACGGAGCUGCAGUCGCGCCUGUGGCAGAUACACAUGCUCGACUGCCGCACCCAGUGCGCGGACGCCGAGCGCGCCCUUGCCGAGCUCGAUGAGCAGGUCGAGGCCGCGUCCGCCCAGCACGCAAAGGCGCAAGCCGCCUCCGAGACCCUGCGCAUCGAGCUCCGCGAGAUCGCUCAGGCGUGUGCAGAGUUGGAGGGCCAGGCCAAGGCGCAUUCGACCGAUCUCGCGCAUCUCGAAAAGCAGGGCGUCGAGCUGAGCACCCGCGAAAAGAUGCUGCUCGGCAAGCGCAAAAAACUGACGACCGCGCGUGCGGAAAGCCAACGCCUCGCGACCGAGGCGCGGGGCGCCGCAUCCACGGCCGAUGCCGAGAUGGAAACGGCGCGGCGCGACCUUGCCGAGCAUGAAGCGGCACUCGCCACCGAGGAGGGCGCAUUAGAGGCAGUGUGCGAGGCACUCAAGCACAAGACCCAGGCGUUCCGCGACAAACUCGAGGUGCGGCAGGCGGAGCUGGCCCCAUGGACCGAGCAGAUCAACGCGCUCUUGGCGAAACGCAAUAUGACGGCCCAGGAGCGCGAGCUUGUUGCGUCGCGCGCAGACGAGGCGUCGCAGCGCGUCGACGAGGCGCGCAUGGCCCUGGCGGACCUGCAGCGUGCGCUGCAGACCCAGACGGAGGAGGUGGAGGCCUUGCGGUACGAGCAGCAGUCGCUGGCCACGGCGCGGGAUGACGAGGAGGCGCAGCUUGCGUCCAUGCAGGCGGACGUCGCAGCGUUGCGUGAGAAGCGCAAUGUCGCGCGGCGUGCGGCGCAAGAUGCACGGCACUCGAUCGAGCAGACGCGCUCGCGCGGCGACGUGCUGAACAGCCUUGUGCGGCAGGCUGAGCUGGGCCUGCUGAGUGGGUUCCAUGGGCGGCUCGGGAGCCUCGGUACCAUCGACCCGCGAUACGAUGUGGCGAUCAGUACGGCAUGCCCAGGCCUAAAUCACCUUGUCGUCGACAGCGUGGCGACGGGGCAGCAGUGCAUCGAGCACUUGCGACGCCACAAGCUGGGUCGCGCGAACUUUGUGCUCCUUCAGAGCCUGCAGGUGAAUGCACGGGCGAUGGCGCGCAUCACGACACCCGAGGGCGUGCCGCGCCUGUUCGAUCUUGUGGCGCCGAAGGACGCACGCUUUGCGCCUGCCUUUUACCACCAGCUUGGCGAUACACUCGUGGCGAAGGACCUCGCGCAGGCGAACCGCAUUGCCUAUGGCGCACGACGCUGGCGCGUUGUUACUGAGGACGGACAGCUGAUCGAUCGUAGCGGUACCAUGUCCGGCGGUGGCUCGCGCGUGAUCCGUGGCUUGAUGGGCGCGACGCUCAUGGACGAUGUCUCGGCAGAGCAACUGGCACGCCUCGAAAAGGAGCUCGAGGCUGCCGAGACGCUACUGCGUGGCCAAGAGGCAUCCGUCGCACAGCUUGAGGCGCUCGUACAGGAGCACGAGGCGCGGGCGCCGCUGCUUGAGCAGCAGCUUGCACUGCGGGAGAUGGACGUGGAAACGACGACACAGCGUAUCGCUGAUGCAGAGCACCGCCUGCACGAGACGCAGGCCAUAUCUGUGCCUGACGCCGCCGACGCGAGACGCGUGACUGAGCUCGACGCCGCGCUGCACGCGCACGACGCCGAGCUGGCUUCACUGCGGGCGAAGCGUGGCGAUGUGGAGGCAGCGAUCCAUGCGCUGCAGGAGCAGAUCCUGGAAGCGGGCGGUCUGGAGCUGCGCACGCAGCAGGGCAAGGUGGCGGGCCUCAAGGACCGGAUUGCACUCGCCCACGAGCGCCUUGCGCGCGCAGAGGAGGCACAUGCGCGCGCGGAGAGCGAUGCGCGCCGGCACGAGCGGGCGACACAGUCGAACGACGAGUCGCUCGCGACUCUCGAGGCGGAGCUCGAUGCACACCGCGAGGCUGCUGCGGCGCAUGCGGUGCAGGUCGAGGACGUGCGUCGCGAAGUGGAAGCUGCGCGUGAUGCUCUCGAGGACCGUACGGACGCGCGCCGAGAGGUGCAGUCGCGCCUUGAUGAACACGAUGCGUCGCUGCAUGCGUUCCGCACACAGGAGCUUGAGUGGGCGCAGCGGCGCGAGGACCUCGAGCGGGCGCACGCGGACAGCACUGCGCGCCUGCGCGACUGGGAGGCGCAGCAUGCGCAGCUGACGCUGCACCCUGUACCGCCUGCCCGCGGCGCCGUGAAAAAUGAGGCGGACGCUGAAAUGCCCGUUCUCGAGUCACUGAGCGACGAGGCCAUCCGUGCGAUCGAUCGGCGUGCGCUGCAGGCAGCGCUCGCCGCCGCCGAGGCACGUGCACGGCACAGUGCCGUCGAUGUCGACGUGCUGGAAGAGGUGCGGCGCGUGGAUGCCACAUACGAGACGCGCGCAGCUGACCUCGAUGAGACGACGGCGUCGCGCGAUGCGGCGCAGGCGCGCUUUGAUGCGCUGCGCAAGGAGCGCCUUGAGCGCUUCAUGGAAGGCUUUUCACAAAUUUCACUCAAGCUCAAGGAAAUGUACCAGACCAUUACGCUGGGCGGCAAUGCGGAGCUCGAGCUUGUGGACAGCCUCGAUCCAUUCAGCGAAGGCAUCUUGUUCAGUGUGAUGCCCCCGAAGAAGAGCUGGAAAAACAUCAGCAAUCUAAGUGGCGGCGAAAAGACGCUGAGCAGUCUGGCACUCGUAUUCGCACUACACGCAUACAAACCGACACCCUUGUAUGUCAUGGACGAAAUCGAUGCUGCACUCGACUUCCGCAACGUAUCGAUCAUCGCGAACAUCAUCAAGGAGCGCACACGCGGCGCCCAGUUUGUCGUGAUUUCUUUGCGCAACAACAUGUUCGAGCUCAGCUCGCGCCUCGUUGGCGUGUACAAGACGCACCAUUGCACCAAGUCGCUUACGAUCGCCAACACGGAUCUGCAUGCGCGGGGGCCGGCGCCUGCAGACGCCUCGCCGAGCCGGCCAGCCGCACCGCUGAGCUAG